CGGCGGUGGAGGCAGCAGCGGCAACAUUAGGAUGAGCAGCCCCAUCAGCGGCAGCCUGAACACGGACUCGUCCUCGGCGCCCGCCAGGCCGUCCAACGCGCUCAUCAUCCCCAUCACCAUGGAGGUGCCCUGCGACAGCGGGCAGCGCAUGUGGUGGGCCUUCCUGGCCUCAUCCAUGGUCACCUUUUUCGGGGGACUCUUUAUUAUCCUGCUCUGGAGGACCCUCAAGUACCUGUGGACCGUCUGCUGCCACUGCGGGGGCAAAGAGAAGGAGGCCCAGAAGAUAAAUGUCACUGCGGAAACCCAGGCAGACGGCGACUUGAAACCCACAGAUGAGAAAGAGGAAACUGUGGCAGCAGAAGUGGGCUGGAUGACCUCUGUUAAAGACUGGGCAGGGGUGAUGAUUUCAGCCCAGACCUUAACCGGCAGAGUCCUUGUUGUUUUAGUCUUCGCUCUUAGUAUUGGUGCUCUUGUAAUAUACUUCAUAGAUUCGUCAAACCCAAUAGAAUCUUGCCAGAAUUUCUACAAAGAUUUCACGUUACAGAUAGACAUGGCUUUCAACGUGUUCUUCCUGCUCUACUUUGGCUUGCGUUUCAUAGCAGCCAACGACAAGCUAUGGUUUUGGCUGGAAGUAAACUCAGUGGUAGAUUUCUUCACAGUCCCUCCAGUGUUUGUUUCAGUGUAUUUAAACAGAAGUUGGUUGG